UAGUUGCGUGUUUUUGAAUUUCGAUCAAGGAAGUAGCUGGUGGGGUGGGUUUCUUGUUGUAGGAGGUGAAGGUGUGGUGGGCGAAGGUUUGGUCGGCAAUGGGAGCUAUCCAUGAAGGUUGGUAAAAGAAGAUGAAGUGGAAAGGGAAAAAAAAGGAAAAAGAAAAAAAAAAAAAUUAUAUUGUGGUAUUGGAUAGUAUUACCCAUAAUUAGUAGUGGGUAAUAUUUACUCUAACAAAUUUAAAAAUCAAAGUGUUAUUUGACGUAGGAUAAAAAAGGGUUGCGCACUGCGUAUUUUAGUUUCGGCGGGAUUUUAAACUCAUACUCAACUCCAAUUCCAAAAACCCCAGACCUAGAUUUUUACCCUAAUAUGGGGGAUUCGUAUGAAGAGCUUGAACCAUUGUUCGAUUAUCGCCGAGUUCAACCCGUUACUUUCGUCAACCUUGAAGAUGAUUCUGAUUCAGAUUCUUCGCCUUCCGUUUUGCCGAAGCGGAGAAAGACUUCCACUAAUGAUAAAAAUAAUGAAGAGAACAAUAGUGAUAAAGGGAAAUCAGUUCAAGUAAUUAAUUGCGAGGAUGAAGAUGAGGAAAAGGAGAAUUUGUUGCCGCCGCCUCCAAAGAAUGUAGCUCCUUCAAAGAUUUUUGAAGAUUCCACCAUUAAGCAAUUGAGGUUAAAAAAGCAGGAGUGUGCGUCAUUUCUCCAGUCAACUGGACAAGCUUUACAAGCUGCUGAUGAACCAUUUCCCUCUUUAUCUCACUCUGUUGAUGAGGAAACUGCCGAGGAAGCACCAAAGCCUGCGGCUGCGGCUGAUCGAACGAAGAUAGUCAUAUCUAUGCAAGAUAAGGCUGGAUCUAAACAAUAUCGAAUAUUUGCGGAUGAGAAAUUUGAGCAGCUGUUCACAAAGUAUGCGCAGAAGGUGAAGACUGAUGUACAUAACCUAGUAUUUACUUUUGAUGGCGACAAAAUUGAUCCAGCAUCAACGCCUCAGAGCCUUGGGAUGGAGGAUGAUGAUCUUAUUGAAGUGCAUGUGAAGUCAAGCUGACAAGAUAUGAUUUUUUCCCCCUAUUUUUUGAAUUCCCGUUCAUGUUUUGUGGUAAACUACCAAGUUUGGCAUCCGCUUGGUGCUUUAAUCAGUAGAGGAAUUUGCUAAGCAAGUAGUGGAAAAGAAAAAGAAAAACUUUUCUUUUCCCUUUCUAUUUUUGGAAAUAUAUUGCUUAACUGUAUUUCUCUUGUCCUGCACAUAUGAUCCACUUGCAGAAAAUCUGCUCCGUCUGUAUUAUUACUGAUUUUGUGCUUUUGUGUAGUUGUGUGAGUUUCACUGCACUCUUAUAUUUGCCAGGAAAUGUUGGUCAGUUGAAGUUAUUCUUCCCAAACUGUAGAUGCUUAGGUUUAACUAUUUUUUCUGGUCCGAUGGAUGAAGUGAGAACCUCAUAGUUCCGAACUGCACGGAACGAACAAACUUUGUUCAUUAUUCUAAUAAUACUUUUCCCCAUGUUCUUAAAAUUUCUAGGUGCAUGCGAAGAGCUUUCCCAAAAAAAAAAAAAAAAA